AUGAAACCUUUUUUCAAUUCCCGUCGUCCUAAACAUUACAAGCAAAAGGGCAACACUGCUCCUCAUAAUCAACAGGGUUUUUCAACGAACCCUUCUUUAGCAAAUUCAAUGCCAAUGCAACCUCAACUGGGUUUAGUCAAUCCUCAAAUUCCAAUUCCUUUCAAUAAUGCAAAUACCCUUUUAAGCAAUGGACCAGCUAUGCCUAAUAUGCCACCGUUAAUCCCUCAACAACCUGGUUUAUUGAGUGGACCUAAUGAUCUGGCUAUCCUUCAGUUACAAAAUCAAGUUAGCAAGUUGAAUACUUUAAAGAUGUUGAUGAAUCAAGUAAAUCAAUUGCAAGGAGAGUUGUUUGGUCCUGGUUUCUCCAAUUUUCCCCAACUCAAUCAAAAUAUGGGUUUGUUACAAAAUCCAAUGCAGAAUGUGAUGAACCCUGCUAUGCCUAUGCAAAUGCCAAUAACUUCUCAAGUUGGUUCCUUCAAUGGCCCUUCAAGUAGCCACCAAACCGUAGGUGGUCAUAGUCCAAACUUUUUUGUAAAUCAACCAUUUGGAGUCGAGCAACAAGUUAAUCCGAACCAGCAAAAUUUUGUAAUGCCGACAACUGGUGCAAAUGGAUCGAAGCUAUUGCCUGUUACAAAUCAGCAAGUGCAAGGGAACUCGUCUGCAUCACAGCAAAGUCAGAACUUUGUAAUGCCUAUGCCCCCAGUGGGUGCAAAUGGAUCAAAUCCAUUGCCUAUUGCAACUCAACAGGUGGAAGGGAACUCGCCUGCAUCACAGCAAAGUGAGAAAUUUGUAAUCCCUACAAUGGCUGCAAAUGGAUCAAAGCCAUUGCCCUUUGCAACUCAGCAAGUGCAAGGGAACCCAUCUGCAUCUCAGCAAAGUCAGAACUUGCAAUCCUCUGCUUACAAUAGGUGGCAGGGCAAUCCUGCUAAAAAUGGCCAGGGUAGUACUCCAAAUUCCAAAUGGGGAAACUUUUCUGGAAAAAACUUCAAAAAUAAUCCAAAGAGAGAGCAAUUUCAAUCAGGAUAUCAGAAAUCCGAGUUCCAUCGCAUGGAUAAUGGAAAGAGAAAGCUUGGGUUUUCUAAUGAACACAGUGAAAAAGGGCAUGGCAAUGAGAGGGCAGCAAAAUUUGGUCGCUCUGAUCCUACAAAUCAAGCUACCGAAAAGAAAAGCAGAACUCUUAUUUACACGGAACAAGAAAUCAAACAAUGGCGUGAAUCACGUAGGAAGCACUUCCCAACAAAAACCAACAUAAUGAAGAAGCAGAAUGAAAAGCUAAUGGACUCUGAGGUCAUUGAUAAAGAGGCCAACUUUCGUCGCCAGCAACUCAAGGAGAUUUUGGCAAAGCAGGCUGAGCUAGGAGUUGAAGUUGCAGAAAUACCACCAGACUACCUGUUAGAUUCAGAGAAGUUAGGAGUUGAAGUUGCCGAAAUACCACCACACCAUCUGUUGGAUUCAGAGAAACAAGAGCAUGGAAGGGAAGAUAACAGAAGGUCCUCCACUAAGAAGGGGAGAUUCUGGAACAAGCAUGAUAGAAGAGGAAGACAUAACAAAAAAGGUCGGUCAGCCAAGCAGCUCGGAUCAGAAAAUGAGGAUAGGAAGCCAUCACUGUUGGAGAAGCUUCUGAGUGCAGAUAUAAGGAGAGAGAAGCGCCAUUUGUUGCAGGUUUUUAGGUUCAUGGUGGCAAACUCUUUCUUCAAGGAUUGGCCAGAUAAGCCUUUGAGAUUUCCUUCGGUAGUGGUUAAAGAAGAUGGUUAUAAGGAUGAGCCGGUGGAAGAAAAAUCCUCUCUUGUCGGGGAAGAAGUUUCUGAAGUUAGAAACAACACAACAGCUGAAAAUUUUGGUGAUGGAGAUGACGACGACGACGAACACGAUGCUCAAGUGGAACCAGGGAAUGGUUUUGUCAGGGAAAAAGUUGUUAUUGUUAACCAAGUUGAUAGGAUUGAAGAGGGAGAAAUCGUUGACUAA